UCCGCUUCCAUGUGCUUCAUGUUGAAAGUUUGCUAAUAAACGGUAGGCAGUUGAGAUACUUAGGUUGGCUACUUUGAGUGUUGUUUCGAGGUGUGAGAGUCGGAAGCAUCAUCAUCUACGUACAGUUAAUAUCUGAGGUUUCAAAGGAUAAUUGAAUGGCUUCUGAAGACAUUGCUCAGCUUACAGAGGCACUUGCCAGUACUCAUGUUGGGGAAGAACUAAGCUACAAAGGUCAAGGUCUGAAGUUGGACAAUAAACAGUCAGUGGAAAAGAUGGUUCGGGAGAUAGAAGAGUUCAGUGGUCUGAAGGCAUUGAGACUGGAAGGGAACACAAUUGGAGUAGAAGCAGCACAGGCCAUUGCAAAGGCCCUCGACUCCAAAAAGGAACUGGAGCGAUGUUACUGGAGUGACAUGUUUACUGGUCGCCUUCGCUCUGAAAUUCCUCCUUCCUUGAAAUCACUGAGCAGUGCAUUGAUGACAUCAGGAGCCCAAAUUACUGAACUGGACUUGAGUGACAAUGCAUUUGGUCCGGAUGGAGUAAAGGGCAUUGAGACCCUCCUGAGGAGUCCUGUGUGCUACACACUACGUGAACUCAGGCUGAAUAAUUGUGGCAUGGGCAUCGAAGGUGGCAUGAUCCUAGCCUCUGCAUUAAGUGAAUGCUACCAGCAGUCUCGUGCUGCUGGCUUCCCUCUUAAGUUGAAAGUCUUCGUGGCUGGACGAAAUCGUCUGGAAAACGAUGGUGCCACUUCUCUUGCCCAUGCAUUUAAGUCCAUUGGCAGUCUUGAAAUGGUUCACAUGCCACAAAAUGGAAUCAACUAUCCUGGAAUCACAGCUUUGGCCACUGCAUUUCAGCACAAUCCCAACCUCCGUGUACUAAAUCUCAAUGACAAUACCUUUACCAAGCGAGGGGCAGUAGCCAUGGCCCAGGCCCUCAGGGACCUGCGCAAUGUUCAGGUUAUUAAUUUUGGUGACUGUCUGGUGCGCUCUGAAGGUGCCAUUGCCAUAGCAGCAGCCCUGAGAGAAGGACUGCCUGUUCUCAGAGAGCUGAACCUGUCCUUUGGGGAGAUUUCGGAGGCUGCUGCUUUAGUAGUGGCUAAGGCCGUACGAGACAAGGUUGAAUUGGUGAAACUGGACCUCAAUGGAAACUGCCUGGGAGAGGAUGGCUGUGAAGCUCUCAAAGAGGCUAUGGAGAGUAUGAAUCUGGGGGGGGUGCUUGCCUCACUCAGUGAGGAUGAAGGGGAGCCAGAUGAAGAUGAGGAUGAGUGUGACACAUCAGAAGGGGAUGAGGAAGAGCAGAAUUGUGUGAAUGGGACAAAAGAUCAUGUUAAUGGUGAAGGAAGCCCAUCAAAGGUGUACCUCUGCAGUCCUGAUCUCCUGUCAUUCCUUCAUUCCCCAACAUCAGAGAAACUGCUCAAUCUUGGAGCCAAGAGGACCCAUCUUAUUGAAAAGCAGGUAAAUUUUUCAGAUGCUGCCAAAAUUGCAGAGAUUUUUCUUCAGAUUUCCUCUGUGUAUAAGGAAGAUCCAGACGUGAAGCAAGUUGUUUUAGAGACUACAGACACCCUGUUGAGGAAAGCCUUUUCAAGUCUUCACUUUCAGAUUAACAUUUUUAUCACUUCACUGAUGGUGAAUUUGGGGCUUUUAAAGGGUGAGGUGAAGUUUAAGAAGGUGUCUGUCCUGCCUGGACACCUCAUUGUUCUGGAGCACUGUGUUGGGCAGGACUACUUUCCUGUGGACCAGGCUGAUGUGCUUGAGGCCUUUUUAUCCCGAAAUGGCAAAGUCUUGGAGUCCUGUUCCAGUGCUAGAGAUGCCCUUAGGACUACACUGGAGAAAAGAAUCGCGGCAUAGUACACGUCUUUGAAGUCACUUGCAUUGUCGAUGGUGUCACAUGGAUUAAAAAGAAGGGCGUUACAGAACAUGAGAUGCCCCCACCCCCUUGUUACAACAAGCAUGAAAACAUUUGCCAACAUGUACAUGUAAAU